ACUACUUUUUCCAGCAGAAUACUAUGUGCGAACCACAAGACGUAUGACAGCUUCACAGAGUCAGCCUGACCUGCAGGCCAUCAUAAACUCUCAGCUGAGCAUGAAGCAACGUCGCAGGAGCCGAGGCCACAGUCGCGGCAGAGGUUUGAAUAGAAACACCCACAGCAGUGAUUGUUCAGCUCAACACACUCAGACAUAUUCAUCAUCUCAGAACCCUGCAUCUGUAGAUCCUCACAAAUUGUCACAUAUGCAGGCUGCUGGUGCAUCUUCUGAGCCGUCGGGCAACAAUCAAAGCUCCAGUGAGAUUUCAGAACAUGCCUGUCCUAGUCAGACCAAUACAGAUGCCUUUUCAUCCCCUACAGUCUGUGCUACUCGUCCGGGGAGAGGCAGGAGGAGGAAGAGAGGUAGAGGCAGAGGGAGACCUCAGAUCCCACGAUCCUCUUUAAAUUUAGACCUCGGACACACUUCAGAUUGUUCCCAGGCUACCAGCACCCUGGUCUCUUCCUCCCCAUCUCUCCGUGUAGCUCAUGGAUCAAAGCCCUCUCUGGUUUCACAGGAGGAUGUUCCAGUGACACACAAGCCUGAGCCUGCACCUGUGUACAUCACAGCUACCCAGCCUUCCUCUGGGAUUAAUGGGGCUCAGGACAACUCUGGAUCUGGCCAUCUGGAGAAGGUCUGUCCCAUCUUUGUGAAGAGCAGUACUGAGACUAAAAGAUCCUCCCAGAGAAGCAUAGGCACAGCGAGUUGGCAGUCUCUCCUCUUGCCCUCCUCUCCUGCCCAGACUUCUCUUUGUCCUCUCAGAUUUCAGCCCCCUGGCCUACUGGUCAGCAACCUAAGGAACUUGGACAUCCACCAAGAUUUCUAUCUUCCUGAUGACCAGUUUGCUUUGCUGAAACUGCUGAAACUUCGCCAAAUCACUGUGGAAUUAGGAGUAGAACAGUUCACAUCACCGUCUUACAACACGCGCAGCAGCACCCGCCGCUCUAACAUAUGCUGGACCAGCAGCAACGAUGCUUUGAUACCAUUUCCUCUACUGCUCAGCCUCACACCCACAGAUUUCACUGUAGAAAAACCAUCUACUACACAAUCUGCAGGUGUCCAGAACUUGUUUAUAGAUGACAAGCAUGCAAGUCAGUCAUUAGUUGAAGGGACAUCUGACCAAGAUACCACAGAAACCCCUGGAGGGCAGCAGACUGAAAACCUCCAAGCAAAGACUCUCACCAGCUCAGCAGAAUCUGUGUCAUUGGUUGAAGAUUGUGCUGCCGAUUGUGUCAGUCAAUAUAAAGAGCAUGAAACUGUGACUUUGAACAGUCAUAACGAGAGUGGCCUCUCAGCAAGCAGCACACACACAUCUGUAGACCAUCCCGUUAAAGCUUGUUUGAACUUUGUAGACAGACCAGCAGGCAAAGUGAAUGAUUCUGUCACUGGACAGUCAGAUUACCUUAAAAUAAAACAGCCUGCAUUAGAAAAACAACCAGACUGUGCUGAUGUUGUCCAUCCUUUGGAAAAUCUGAGAGAGCACAACACUGUCAUCAUUGAUUGCCCUCUAGAGCAAACACCUGAUGAACCUUCUAACAGCUACAAUGUGAAAUCUCCUGCCAAAGAUUCAAAGGGACCUUGCAAACCCACCCACAGCCCCCCCAUAGACAAAUCAGCAGAAAACAAAACUCAGGAGAAGUGUGUUCUACACCACAUUGUCCCCUCUCAGCUCCUGUUGAGCCCUCCUGUGGCUUCAGCACCCUGCCCCUUCCUAACCCCACACCUGCUCUCCUCUGCUCUCCCCUCCAGCCCUACACUACCCUCCCUAGGAGUCACGCCUGUUACCCCCGCGACUUCCUCCUCCACUUCGCCUCGUUGCACCCUGCCUCCUGCACACAGUCCAUCCACCCAGGCCCUCUCCCCUCAGGCUCUCUCUCCCUGUCCAUCCUUUAUGCCCCUGCCUACUAGCCAGCCUCCUGACUCCCCCUCCAGUCAGAACCAGGCUUCAUUACAGCCACCAGAUAUAACUGAUCAGUGUUACAGGGUUCAAAUGGCUACUUGUCCGACUGUCUCCAGCAUCCAGGCGCAGGGCUCUGGUAGGUUGUUAGGGCCAAGAACGGAAGAGACUACAAAGAAACACAUGCUGAGAUGCAUACACACGUUAAAGGCCCCAGCAGGAGACUGUCUGGUGGAUGCAUGCUGUCUGGCCGGACACUCAGGUGGUUUAUAUGUAGCAGCAGCGGGAAAAUGGGCCGUGUGUCUGUGGAGUCAGGUUUCAGCAAACGAUUGGAGCUUAAUACACAGCUGGAGCUUCAACAAGCCAGUGAUCAAUGUGUUUCCUGUCCCAGAUGCUGCUGGGCUGCUUUGUGUGACUCUGGGACAGCUGGAAAUCAGUGAAGUGAGGAUGCUGUCAUGCUCCAGCUUCUUGCAAGUGUUGCUAUAUGAAGGGGGCGUCCAGGCUGUUGUAAGUGUGUCCAAGUCCAGAGUGGUUACCUCCUCCCACUCAGCAAUAGGUUCCACCAUGAAGGUGUUUUACCUGUCUGACAGCAACAGCAUGCCAGGCUCUCAGCCUCUUGUGUCUCCUGGUGUUUGCAUCGGGGCCCUCGCUCCAGUGGAAGAACUUUUUGACGCUUUGAUCGGUACAGAUGAGUGUGGACACCUCUUCAUCUGGAAUUUGAAGACUGGACAGCUGCUGCAGAAGAUCAUCCUCGGAGAUGACUUAUCACACACGGCCUGCCUCAGAGGAUACUCCUACUGUGGAGUGUUAUUUGUCCUGCUGCAGCACCAGUUCCUCAGCUCUCUGGAAGAAGAAGAGACAGAGGCCAAAGCAAAAGAUGAAAUGUUUUCAGACGAAGGGAAGGAAGAGGAGAGGAAGAAGACGGCCUUGUUUUCCCUGGUGACUGUCAACCCGCUGAGUGGGAAGUCUGUCCUGGCUACCCAGCUGUCUCCACCCAAAGCCUGGUCUGGCAGCAGACUGUACGAGGCCGAUGUUAACAGCUCCAGCGUGGUCGGUCUGAGUCAGAGCGGCUGUAUGUGUGUGUGGGAGCUUGGGCGUCAGGGGGCCUCGGAAAUGGUGAGGGCUCCUGAGAGCGAAGGCUGGCAGCUUGCUCGCUGGGGCGUGCGAGAUGUGCUGUUGACUGGCCAUCACAACGGAGACGUUUCUCUGCACUGCUACAGUACGUGUCAGGCCUCACUGUGCAACUGAAAAUAUAGAUUGAUCGAAGUUCCCUUUGUUAAAAUACUACAGUGUCACAUUAAUUUAUUCUGCCUGAUCCUGAAUGCAUUGCACCUCUUAUGGGCACAGAUUAUUGAAACUGAUACUCUCUAAGCCCUGGAACCACUAAAAUAUGGGAAUUUAUACGUAGUAAACUAAACAUACCCCAAAUCUCAACAACUGUUAAACAGUUAAAUGGAGAGUGCUUGUUUUCCCUGUUUGGAAAUGUUUUUAGAUCACUAGUAAGACACACUGGACGUCUCCGUGUGAGGGUGUGGACGUGUUUUGACCUUUUAGACUUUGACUCCCUGUCUUUUAUUGCUUUUGCUGUUUGGACCGUUCUUUGUGUACUUGAAUACAUGUUAUAGUUAAAGAAAAAGAAGUGUUGCCAAAGUUGUUUUUUUAUAAUCUACAUUAAACAGUUGUAUA